CACAAAAUUAUGUAAUCUCAUGGAGUACAAGCUAAAUACAAAAUCCCCCUUCUUCUGCAAUCUACACGUACAAACACACUGAGCUAUCUCUAUUUUCACAGUUGAUUAAUCAAGAAUUUCAUAAUAAUAACAACAAUGAACCCAUCUUCUUCUUCAAAUCAAAACCCACUUCAAUUUUCAAUCUUAUAUCCCCAAUCAAACCCUAACCCUAAUUUCACCCCCAAUUCGAUUUCAGACACCCAAAAUGACCCAGAUUACUAUCCCAGCUCAAUUUCAAACCCUAAUUUGACUAAUUACAUUUCACUCUCGAUUCCCAAGAAACGGAGAAGGGGGAGAUCAAGAACCAAUGCUGCUUCAAGCCCAUCUCAUGACCAGGUUUAUCAAAUGCCUAAUUUGAUUUCUAGUGGCAGUAAUGUAAUUAAUGGUACUAAUGGGGUUGUUUAUGGGAAUAGUGGUAAUGGGGUUGUUGAUGUUUCUGAUGAGAUUAUUGUGAUUAAUAAGGAUGCUACUAAUGAGGCUUUAAUUGCUUUAACUUCCGGGUUUCCGGCUGAUUCGUUAACUAGUGAGGAGAUUGAUGGUGGGGUUGUUAGUGUGGUUGGUGGGAUUGAGCAAGUUAAUUAUAUUUUGAUUAGGAAUCAUAUUAUUACGAGGUGGCGGGAGGAUGUGUUUAGUUGGGUUACGAAAGAGAUGUUUCUUGAUGUUAUACCUAAGCAUUGUAGGGGACUUUUGGAUAAGGCGUAUGAUUAUUUGUUGUCGCGGGGGUUUAUUAAUUUUGGGGUUGCGCCAGCUAUUAAGGAGAAGAUUUUGGGGGAGGCGAGUAGGUCAAAUGUGAUUAUUAUUGGGGCAGGGCUUGCCGGGUUGGCUGCGGCUAGGCAGUUGAUGUCGUUUGGGUAUAAAGUUACGGUUUUGGAGGGGAGGAAACGGGCGGGUGGACGUGUGUAUACGAAGAAAAUGGAUGGGGCGAAUAAGACUGCUGCUGCUGAUUUGGGAGGGAGUGUUUUGACGGGUACGCUUGGUAAUCCACUCGGGAUUUUGGCUAAGCAGCUUUCAUAUCCACUUCAUAAAGUGAGAGAUAAGUGUCCACUUUAUAAUGUGGAUGGAAAACCGGUUGAUCCAGAUUUGGACACGAAAGUGGAAAUUGCUUAUAAUCAAAUUUUGGACAAAGCGAGUAGUCUUAGGCAAUUAAUGGGAGAAGUCUCACAGGAUGUUUCCCUUGGAGCAGCGUUGGAGAGUUUAUGGCCUGUGGAUGGAAUUGCGGGGAAUGAAGAAGCCACUAAAUUGUUCAAUUGGCACAUUGCAAAUUUGGAAUAUGCAAAUGCUGCCCUGGUUUCUAAACUUUCACUUGCAUUCUGGGAUCAGGAUGAUCCAUUUGAUAUGGGAGGGGACCAUUGCUUUUUACCUGGAGGAAAUGGAAGGCUAGUGCAAGCUUUAUCUGAGAAUGUGCCAAUACAGUAUGAAAAAAUUGUGCAUACCAUUCGUUAUGGUGGUCAUGGUGUGCAAGUUAUUUCUGGGGGACAGAUCUAUGAGGGUGAUAUGGCUCUUUGCACUGUUCCUCUAGGGGUUCUGAAAAGUGGCUCUAUCAAAUUUAUUCCAGAGUUACCUCAAAGAAAGCUUGAAGGUAUUAAACGAUUAGGGUUUGGUUUGUUAAACAAAGUUGCCAUGCUUUUUCCAUACGUGUUUUGGGGUACCGAUCUCGACACAUUUGGGCAUCUUACUGAUGAUCAAAGCAGCCGGGGGGAGUUUUUUCUGUUCUACAGCUAUGCAACUGUAGCUGGAGGACCACUCUUGAUUGCUUUAGUUGCAGGAGAAGCUGCACACAAGUUUGAGAGCAUGCCGCCCACUGAUGCCGUGACCCAGGUUCUCCAAAUUCUGAAAGGCAUAUACAAACCUAAAGGAAUUGAUGUUCCAGAUCCCAUACAAACGGUCUGUACAAGGUGGGGUAGUGAUCCUUUUAGCUUGGGCUCGUACUCUAAUGUUGCUGUGGGGGCAUCAGGAGAUGACUAUGAUAUCUUAGCAGAAAGUGUGGGAGAUGGACGACUUUUCUUUGCGGGAGAGGCUACCACCAAGCGUUACCCAGCAACUAUGCAUGGAGCUUUUCUUACUGGACUAAGAGAAGCUGCAAACAUGUCGCAUUAUGCUAGCAACAGGGCAAUGAGGACCAAAGUGCAGAGGAAUACAUUAAAAAACACACACUCCUGUGCUUGCCUUCUGGCAGAUUUAUUCAGAGAACCAGAUCUAGAGUUUGGAUCUUUUUCAGUAAUCUAUUGUAAAAAAAACUCUGAUCCCAAGUCGGUGGCAAUUUUGAGGGUGAAAUUUGGUGAACCGCAAAAAAAGAAUGAAGGUUCAAGACCAGAUCAGCAGCAUUCCAGCAGUCUACUUGUUCAGCAGCUCCAGACUCACUUCAAUCAACAGCAGGAGUUUCAUGUUUAUACGCUGUUAUCAAGGCAACAGGCACUUGAGCUGAUGGAUGUGAGAGGGGGUGAUGAGAUGAGGUUGAAUUAUUUGUGUGAAAAUCUUGGAGUAAAGUUAAUUGGUAGAAAAGGCCUAGGGCCUUCUGCAGAUUCUGUUAUUGCAUCCAUUAAGGCCGAGAGGGGAAACCGCAGACCUGCUUCAACUUCUCUGACUCUGAAAUCAGGUACAUCAAAAUUUAAGCCUGCCAAUUUGAAGCAAAAGAUGAUCAGAAAGGCUAAAGUACUGGGUAACAGCAGCAAUGGCUCUACAAUAUCGAAUAAAGGCCUAGGGGUUAAGAUGGUUGACCAUGGAAUUGAUUCUUCUAGUUCCAACUUGUCCUCGACUUCCAAUAAAGGCGUAGGGCUCAUGAUGGUUGACCAUGGAAUUGAUUCUUCUACUUCAAACUUUUCUUCUUCUUCAAACUUUUCUUCUACCACUCCCAAUAAAGGCCCAGGGCUCAAGUUGGUUGACCAUGGAAUUGAUUCUUCUACUUCAAACGUUUCAUCUACCACUUCCGGUAAAGGCCUAGGAUUAAGAAUUGUUGACCAUGGAAUUGAUUCUUCUACCCCGAAUUUUUCCUUUGCCUCUUCAAAUAAAGGCCUAGGGCUCAAGAUAGUUGACCAUGGAAUUGAUUAUUCCACUCCUUUAAGCUUUCCAGUUGGUACAAAAGCAAUAAGCAAUGAAAAUAUCACUACUCCUUUUCCCGGUUCAAAUGGUGGGGCUAAAGAAGUAAUGUGUAUUAGCAGUGGUCCUACUCCUGAUAAUACUAAACCCUCCUCUAUGACUCCACCUUCCAGCUCAGAUAUGGAAACUGUUAACUAUUUUGGAGGAUUGCAGUAGCAGAAAUUGAGCAUAACUGACUCAGAAUCCCUAGAGCGCCUCUGAAUGGCAUCUUCAUUAAAGACGCCUCGGUGUCGUUGGGCCUCCAAAUUGUCAACUAGGCGUGUAUCAGGGGUCGCCUAAUUCCCCAGUUUAAGGAGUGCAGCCUGAUUUAACCAAAUGAUCAUUGGGUUGCAUGUCAGCAUGGAAACACCUACUCCCGAGUCUCACUCAAAUGAGGGAGGAUAAAAAUGUAAGCAAUGUGCAGAAGAGAGAUAUCAUGCAUAUAGAUAUGCUUCAUCCAACUGAUUUUCUAGCAAAGAGAACCCUAUGUGAAGUUUCCCUUGCAAAAGUCCGCCUAUAAUUGUUACACCAAGACUUCAUGGGUUCAGCAUAAAAUCUUCUCCCUUCUCGGGUCUCAAAUUUAUUUGAUUACACUUUGGAUGGCAAGUUGCCACUUUCUUGGCAUAUAUUUUAUCCUAGGGAAUUCGACCCUCUGCUGGAUAAUUUCGGAUCGUCUCUUACUGUGCAGAAAUUAAAUUGAUUCUUUAGUUCCAGUGUAAACAUUUAGCUAUAGUUGAAAAGACUACAACCGUUUUUAGCGUCUCUUAUGACAUUACCGUUAUUAA